GGCGAAAUCCCCUCUUGAUCACUCUCCCCCACAACACUGUGGACACCGACGACUCUGCUACAGCCAGCGAGCCCGCCAUGUCCCCUGCUGGGCUUACUCUGCAACCAGAAUGGUCGUCUGGGGAAGGAGGAGCGCUGCCGACACGAUGUCGACACUUUGACUGAAGUGAGUCACUUCAGAGUCCCGCGCCCUCCUCGCUGUCGACCACCGUCUGCACCGGCCUCGCACACCUCCUCGCCGUCUCGCAAGGACUCUUAGUCGUCGCGCUCGUUCCCCAGCGAGCAUGUCGCGCUCGUUCACCAUCCGUGUACCUGCGACGUCCGCCAACAUCGGGCCCGGCUUCGACGUCGUCGGCCUCUCGCUCUCGCUCUACCUCACCCUCUCCGUGACCCUCACCCCGCCCCCAACAGCCUCCUACCCCACGCCCCCGUCCAUCCGCUACACCGGCGAGGGCGCCGACGAGGUCCCCCUCGACGCCUACAAAAACCUCACCACCCGCGUCGCGCUCUACGUCCUGCGCUGCCACGGCGUGCCCUCCUUCCCGCCCGGGCUCGCCGUGCACGCGCACAACGAGAUCCCCUUCGGGCGCGGGCUCGGCUCGUCCGGUGCCGCCGUCGUCGCGGGCGUCCUCCUCGCCGACGCCCUCGCCCGCCUGCGCCUCCCCCCCGCCCGCGUCCUCGACUUCGCCCUCAUGGUCGAGCGCCACCCCGACAACGUCACCGCCGCCCUCGUCGGCGGCUUCGUCGGCAGCUACCUCCGCGAGCUCGACCCCGCAGCGACCGAGGCCGCCAGCGUCCCCCUCAGCGAGGUCCUCCCCGAGUACCCCCCCGACGCCGGCGAGGCCUGGGGCGCGCACCCACCGCAGCCCCCGCGCGGCAUCGGCCACUUUGUGCGGUUCGGCUGGUCGGAAAGCAUCAAGGCGGUCGCGAUCAUCCCGAGGUUCGAGCUGAGCACCGCGAGGGCGCGCGAGGUGCUGCCGGCGAGCUACUCGCGGAAGGACGUGGUCUUCAACCUCCAGCGAUUGGCGGUGCUGACCACGGCGCUCGCGCAAACGCCGCCCGAUCCCGAGCUCAUCUACGAGGCGAUGAAGGACAGGAUCCACCAGCCCUACCGCAAAGAGCUCAUCCCUGGCCUCCCGGAAGUCACCUCGCGCAUGACGCCGUCGAGCCACCCCGGACUCCUGGGCAUAUGCCUCUCGGGUGCGGGACCCACCAUACUCGCCCUCGCGACGAGCGGGUUCGAGUCUAUCGCCGAGGACGCGCGCGCGAUCUUCCGGGAGAAGGGCGUGGAGGUCGACUGGAAGCUGUUGUCCGUAGUAGGCGGUAGCUCGGUAGAGAUCAACGAUGCGUAGAAUGACAGACGACCUUGGCGCGCGCAUCGAGACAGACAAGCCGGCCCCCAAGGGACCGUUGCAGCAAGCGGCCAAGGGUUGCGUGUCCCUGCUCGAGGCUGUCGGUGCACCCCCUCGCGAAAAUCGUGAAACUGUCAUUAGAAAGCAAGCUACAUCUCGAGCAACUCUAUAGCAUCAUAAGGUAUCAUCAUCUCGUAAG